AUGACAACGAGGCGGGAACUAUUCUGUCUGUCUGUCUGUCCCUCAGUCUUGCUCUAUCUCUUUCUUUCUUUUUUGUGUUUGUUUGUUUCUUUCUUUGAUUUUCUGUCAUUGCACCUAUCACUUUUUGUACUGUUAUUCUUUUACUUUUUCUUUCUUUCUUUCUUUCUUCCUUUCUUUCUUUCUUUCUUUCUUUCUUUCUUUCUUUCUUUGUUUACGUUUUCUUUCUUUCUUUAUCUCAUAUUCUGUUUCUUUUUCUUUCUUUCUUUCGUUCUUUCUUUCGUUCUUUCUUUCUUUCGUUUUCUGUCAUUGCACCUAUCACUAUUUGUACUGUUAUUCUUUUACUUUUUCUUUCUUUCUUUCUUUCUUCUUUCUUUCUUUCUUUCUUUACGUUUUCUUUCUUUCUUUAUCUUAUAUUCUGUUUCUUUUUUCUUUCUUUCUUUCUUUCUUUCUUUCUUUCUUUCUUUCUUUCUUUUUUCUUUCUUUCUUUCUUUCUUUCUUUCUUUCUUUCUUUCUUUCUUUCUUUCUUUCUUUCUUUCUUUCUUUCUUUCGUUUUCUGUCAUUGCACCAAUCACUUUUUGUACUGUUAUUCUUUUAGUUUUUUCUUUCUUUCUUUCUUUCUUUCUUUCAUUCUUUCUUUCUUUCAUUCUUUCUUUCUUUCUUUUUUUCUUUCUUUUAAACUCUUUCUUUCUGUCUUCGUUUCUUCCUGUGUCUUUCUUUUUUUUUUUUUUUUUCGUUAUUCUGUCUUUCUCUGUUUACGUUUCUUUCUUUCUUUCUUUCUUUCUUUCUUUCUUUCUUUCUUAUUGUUUACUCUUUCCUGUUUUUUUCCUUCUUAAGCGUUUAUUCUUGGUGGUUUAUUCCUAUCUUUUUCUAACUUUCUGUUUCUUUUUCUUUCUGUCCUUCUUUCUUUCUACAUUGCCCUCUUGGCUUUUUUACGUCCUUCUUUCUUUCUUCUCUACUUUCUUAUUGCUAUCACUCGACGCCAGUAUAUUCUUUCUUUCUUUCUUUCUUUCUUUCUUUCUUUCAACUCGAGUCACUGACCUCAUUUUACUCGAUGGAAAUCGUUACGCCACAUUCUCCUACCAGAGGAUUUUUGCCACCAAAACCGUUAAUACUGAAGAUUCUCCCCAGUUCAAUCUCUCUUUGUAUGUCUCUAUCGAUAUCUGUUCAUAUCUUUGUCUCUAUCUGUAUAUUCAUAUAUCUAUUUCCAUCUAUCUAUCUAUCUAUUCAUCUAUAUUUAUAUCUUCAUAUCUCUCUUUGUAUGUCUCUAUCGAUAUCUGUUCUAAUCUUAUAUGCUCAUAUAUUUAUUUCUAUCUAUCUAUCUAUCUAUCUAUCUGUCUAUCUCUUCAUAAAUUUGUAUGUCUCUAUCGAUAUCUUUAUAAUUGUCUCUAUCUGUAUUUGCUCAUAUAUAUUAUUUCCAUCUAUCUAUCUAUCUAUCUAUCUGUCUAUCUGUCUAUCUCUUUUGUAUAUCUAUCUUUUUAUGUUCUCAAUCAUACCUUUGUCUCUAUCUGUAUUCAUUUCUAUCUAUCUAUUCAUCUAUCUAUCUAUCUGUCUAUCUCUUCAUAUCUCUCUUUGUAUGUCUCUAUAGAUAUCUGUUCAUAUUUGUCUCUAUCUCUCUAUGCUCAUAUAUUUAUUUUAUCAUCUAUCUCUAUCUAUCUAUCUGUCUAUCUCUUCAUAUCUCUCUAUCUCUAUCGAUAUCUGUUCAUAUCUUUGUCUCUAUCUGUAUAUGCUCAUAUAUUUAUUUCCAUCUAUCUAUCUAUCUAUCUAUCUAUCUAUCUAUCUAUCUAUCUAUCUAUCUAUAUCUGUUCAUACCUUUGUCUCUAUCUGUAUAUGCUCAUAUAUUUAUUUCUAUCUAUCUAUCUAUCUAUCUAUCUAUCUAUCUAUCUAUCUAUCUAUCUGUCUAUCUCUUCAUAUCUCUCUUUGUAUGUCUCUAUCGAUAUCUGUUCAUAUCUUUGUCUCUAUCUGUAUAUGCUCAUAUAUUUAUUUCCAUCUAUCUAUCUAUCUAUCUAUCUAUCUAUCUAUCUAUCUAUCUAUCUCUUCAUAUCUCUCUUUGUAUGUCUCUAUCGAUAUCUGUUCAUAUCUUUGUCUCUAUCUGUAUAUGCUCAUAUAUUUAUUUCCAUCUAUCUAUCUAUCUAUCUAUCUGUCUAUCUCUUCAUAUCUCUCUUUGUAUGUCUCUAUCGAUAUCUGUUCAUAUCAAAACUAUCUGUAUAUGCUCAUAUAUUUAUUUCCAUCUAUCUAUCUAUCUAUCUAUCUAUCUAUCUAUCUAUCUAUCUAUCUAUCUAUAUCUGUUCAUAUCUUUGUCUCUAUCUGUAUAUGCUCAUAUAUUUAUUUCCAUCUAUCUAUCUAUCUAUCUAUCUAUCUAUCUGUCUAUCUCUUCAUAUCUCUCUUUGUAUAUAUCUGUUCAUAUCUUUGUCUCUAUCUGUAUAUGCUCAUAUAUUUAUUUCUAUCUAUCUAUCUAUCUAUCUAUCUAUCUAUCUGUCUAUCUCUUCAUAUCUCUUUGUAUGUCUCUAUCGAUAUCUCUAUAUCUUUGUCUCUAUCUGUAUAUGCUCAUAUAUUUAUUUCCAUCUAUCUAUCUAUCUAUCUAUCUAUCUAUCUAUCUCUCUGUCUAUCUCUUCAUAUCUCUCUUUGUAUGUCUCUAUCGAUAUCUGUUCAUAUCUUUGUCUCUAUCUGUAUAUGCUCAUAUAUUUAUUUCCAUCAUCUAUCUAUCUAUCUAUCUAUCUAUCUAUCUAUCUGUCUAUCUCUUCAUAUCUCUCUUUGUAUGUCUCUAUAGAUAUCUGUUCAUAUCUUUGUCUCUAUCUGUAUAUGCUCAUAUAUUUAUUUCUAUCUAUCUAUCUAUCUAUCUAUCUAUCUAUCUAUCUGUCUAUCUCUUCAUAUCUCUCUUUGUAUGUCUCUAUCGAUAUCUGUUCAUAUCUUUGUCUCUAUCUGUAUAUGCUCAUAUAUUUAUUUCCAUCUACCUAUCUAUCUAUCUAUCUAUUAUCUAUCUAUCUAAUCUAUCUGUCUAUCUCUUCAUAUCUCUCUUUGUAUGUCUCUAUUUAUCUGUUCAUAUCUUUGUCUCUAUCUGUAUAUGCUCAUAAAUUUAUUUCCAAAAUCUAUCUAUCUGUCUAUCUCUUCAUAUCUAUCUUUAUAUCUGUUCAUGUCUCUAUCUGUAUAUGCUCAUAUAUUUCUAUAUCUAAUCUUCUUCUCUUCACUAUAUCUAUUUGUAUGUCUCUAUAUAUGUAUAUAUCUAUCAUAUUUCUAUCUAUCUAUCUAUCUAUCUAUAUAUAUCUCUCUUUGAUAUCUAUUCUGUUCAUCUUUGUCUCUAUCUGUAUAUGCUCAUAUAUUUAUUUCCAUCUAUCUAUCUAUCUAUCUAUCUAUCUAUCUAUCUUCUCUGUCUAUCUCUUCAUAUCUCUCGUUGUAUGUCUCUAUCGAUAUCUGUUCAUAUCUUUGUCUCUAUCUGUAUAUGCUCAUAUAUUUAUUUCCAUCUAUCUAUCUAUCUAUCUAUCUAUCUAUCUGUCUAUCUCUUCAUAUCUCUCUUUGUAUGUCUCUAUCGAUAUCUGUUCAUAUCUUUGUUUUAUCUGUAUAUACUCAUAUAUUUAUUUCCAUCUAUCUAUCUAUCAUCUAUCUGUCUAUCUCUUCAUAUCUCUCUUUGUAUGUAUCGAUAUAUAUAUUUGUCUCUAUCUGUAUAUAAUACCAUCUAUCUAUCUAUCUAUCUAUCUAUCUAUCUAUUUUCUCUGUCUAUCUCUUCAUAUCUCUCGUUGUAUGUCUCUAUCGAUAUCUGUUCAUAUCUUUGUCUCUAUCUGA